UACCAACAAUAACAUGAACAGACAGAUGUGAGGGACUGAACAGCUUAGUAACAGUAAAGUUUCCAGUAAUUUGUACUUGUCUACUAAAGUUUUUCUAAUACACGACGAGCAUCGGUAUCUGCUAUCGACUAGUAAUCUGCAACCUGAAAACAGCGUGCAUGUAUAAAACCAAAAGCAUGACAUGCAACUUCACAAAUCAAACUCCACCAAAAUCCUAUCUUUGAUAUCUUCAUGGAGCAACAUUUUCCACUUUUCGCAAUCUUCUUAACCUUCCUUCUCUUUAUCUUCAUGGUAUUGAGAAUGAGGAAAACAUCAGAAACCAACGAGUACUUGACUACAAAUCCACCUCCAGGACCAUGGAAGUUACCUCUUGUCGGAAACAUUCACCAGGUAUCUGGCCAUCUAAUCCAUCAUCGCUUUACAGACUUGGCCAAGAAGUAUGGACCAGUCAUGCAAAUUCUGCUCGGAGAGGUUCGUUUUGUUGUUAUUUCCUCUCGGGAAACAGCGAAAGAGGUGAUGAAAACCAAUGAAGAUAUCUUUGUUGACAGACCUGAUGGUGUCAUCCCAAGAAUCGUGUUUUACAACGGUAAAGCCAUCUCUUUUACACCUUAUGGAGAAUAUUGGAAGCAAUUACGAAAAAUCUGCUCAUCCAAGCUGCUUAGUCCACAAUGUGUAAGGUCACUCAGAUCAACCAUGGAAGAAAAGGUAUCGGAUUUUGUUACAUUAAUUUCUUCGAAAGAAGGAUCACCUAUCAACCUUAGUAAAAUGCUCUUUACAUUAACGUUUGGAUUAAUUUCAAGAGUGAUCUUGGGUAAGAGAGGCAAAAACCAAGCGCUGCUUUCAAGUAUAGAAGAAUGGAAACAAGGGGGAGCAGGUUUUGAUGUUGCAGAUAUAUUUCCUUCUUUUAAAUUGUUUCACUCACUUCGCUGGGCAAGGUCAAAAUUCGUGAGGCAGCAUGAAGAGAUAGGUGAGAUGCUUGAAACCAUUAUAAAUGAACGCAGAGCCAGCAAAAUCAGGACAAAGACCAGUGAGCAUGAAAUAGAAGAGGAUUUUUUAGAUGUUCUCGUGAAUAUGCAACACUCAGGAAAUCUCGAAUUCACAAAUGACAAUAUCAAAGCAAUCCUUCUGGAAUUCUUUUUGGCUGGGAGCGACUCGUCAUCGGCAGUUAUGGAAUGGGCGCUGUCAGAAAUGCUAAAGAAUCCAGGACACAUGAAAAGGGCACAGAAAGAAGUGAGGGUAGUUUUUACCAAGAUGGGAAAUGAUGAUGAAGCAAGACUUCAUGAACUUAAAUAUUUGCAGCUAAUUAUCAAAGAAACUACCAGACUCCAUCCUCCUGCACCAUUGAUUCUAAGAGCAUGCAGGGAAGGAUGCAAGAUUAAUGGACAUGACAUUCCUGAAAGAUGUAAUGUGAUGAUCAAUGCAUGGGCAAUUGGAAGGGAUCCCACUUAUUGGAAUGAGGCUGAGAAGUUCAACCCAGAGAGAUUCCUAGAUUCUUCGAUCGAUUACAUGGGAAAUAAUUUUGAAUUCAUCCCAUUCGGUGCUGGAAAGAGGAAAUGUCCUGGCAUGUCAUUUGGUUUGGCUAUAGUAGAGAUGGCGCUUGCGAAGCUAUUGUACCAUUUUGACUGGAAACUAUGUGAUGGAGUGAAGAAUGAAGACCUUGACAUGACAGAGGAUACUGCACUUGGAAGUACUGUAAAGAGAAAACAUGAGCUUUAUCUGAUUCCCAUCCCAUACCAUCCUUCGUCGCCUGCGAAAUGAGGAUAGUUUUAUGCUUCAGUCAUAUAUGAAUAAAUUUAAAAAGUCUUAGAAAUCAUUUUCAUACAAAAAUCUGUUCUAGAAUAAAUUCCAAUUUCUGUGAUCAAAUUUAAAUACGAAGUGAACGCUUCAUUAGAUUAUCAAUGA